GGUCGUCGUUAAUAUAAGUGUUUUACUGUGACGGUCCUGGCUGGAUGUAGUCGUGUGAACGUGCGGCGCUUGAUUGUGAUGUUUGUGCUGAAGGCGCCACGUCGGCAGAAGCAGCGCGAGGACUUUAAGAGAAGUUGUUCCGAGACCAGAACUCAAAAGCUGUUCCAGGUGUGUUUUUGGGAGAAGCGCUGGGAAAAAUGGUGAAGGAUGUGAAUAGUGUGAUUACGGAGCCUCAGCCUGGGACCAGCCUGGCCCCGGAUGAAGCUGAACCCGCCCACAGCGGGCCUCCUGAGGAUGUGGCUAAGGACCACACGGCGCCUCCUCCUGGUGUGGUGUGGCGGGUGACUGGUGGCCUCUUCAACGUCACCAAAGGGGUUGUGGGUGCAGCUGUGGGCGGAGUGGCCUGGGUGGGCGGUAAGAGCCUGGAGAUCACCAAAUCGGCCGUGACCGCUGUGCCGUCGGUGGGGGUGGGGCUGGUGAGGAGCGGCGUGUCAGCAGUCGCUGGCGGCGUCUCUACAGUGGGCUCCACGGUCACCAGCAAAGUCCCGUUCAAGUCCAAGAGGAAGGACAAGUCUGAGUGAGGAGCAUGACGGACUCGCCCCACCCUGAACCAGCAGGGAGAGAUGUCAGCUGAUCUCCGUUAACCAAUCAGACUCAUGGGGUUUCCUGCGGGUGCCGCCGUGCAACCUGAAGCUUCUUACCUGAAUUCAACUUUAAGCUCAGAUGAGUCAGAACCCCUGUAAGCCACAUAACCAGAAUGCGUUCAUAACGUUACCUGUCUUUGGUCUGGACCUGAGGUUCUGAGGAUCCAGUUCCACACGUGCUGGUUUUUGGCGGUCCGAGCCAGACUGCACCGCCUCCCGUCUGAAGACACAAACUGAACUCUUCUCGCUGAUUUAGGUUUCUGCGUUUGACUGUUUUGGACUCUGCAGUGGAUGCUGAUGGGCGGAGUCAAUCUUUCAGGUGUGUGUGUGUGUGUGUGUGAGAAAGAGAAAUCAUUUCAAUACAGCGGUUGAUGUGAAAAUUGAUCUUGUAUGUUUUUAUUCAGUUUAUCAAUAAAGUAGUUUGUAAG